CCUACUUAUACUUGAUACACUGCAUUUCGUCUCAGCAAGAGUUCUGCAGCUGGUGCACUUACUUAUGUCGCUGUCCCUUGCUCCGCUCUCCCUCGCUAAUGUGCGUUUUGAACACAAGUUAAGACUAGCUCAAAUCUCAGUAGCUACUUUGCUGGCUGGGGCCGCGAAUUCUCGCGCUGCUGACUCGUUCACCGGCUCGGCGACGCUGCUCAGACGUCAGCUGAAGCCAGCUGUCACGUAAGGUUUACGAGUCAGCGUCCGUUUCUAUCAGCUUUGCUUCAAAGUUUGUCUUCUCGGUCGCCCGCGUCAUGGCCAUCCAACAUUGCUCUGCAACACUACCGGCAACAACGUUCACACGUUCGUCCACAGGAUUCAACCUCUCGCUCCAACCUCCAGCCCCCGCAACCAGGCAUCGUUUACUGCAAGGAAGCGACAGCGCAAAUGGAAGCGGCCGGGGGGUCGUUUUGCGGGCAAUUCCCCGUGGACCCUGCCUUCAAGGUCCUGUCGCUGGAGUAUUCUGCCCCGAAUCCCGACAUCGCCCGGGCUAUCCGGCGUGUUGACUCGGUGCCGAACCCCCCGCUGCCGAGCCAUGUCGUCGCCAUCGAAAGCACUGCACUAGAUGCGGACCUGUCGCUUGCUAUGGGCGUCUCGCUCACGCGGGGCCGGCACACGUCGUAUUUGGUAGACGCCGUGGCUCUGCAGCAAAGCAACAGCGCCGCGGUGGCCGCCCGCAAGGCUGACGGUGACAAGUGGGGCCCAGCAUGCGACGAGAUCUUCCGGGGCUGUCGGUGUGUGACGGGGCAGGAGGUGGUUUCUACGCAGCUGUAAAGGAGCCGGCGGGGAAGGUGGAGGGGGGCGAGGGCUCCAUAUUCAAGCCCUCCUUUGAUGGCCCUGCCUUUCGGCCCUCAUGGGGCGAGCUGAGCGGCAAGGCAACAGGCGUGGUGGCAUGUGUCCUUCAGGUGCCAAUUGGCGAGGAGACGGACAUAAUCUGCGCCGAGUACGACAACCUGGUCAGCAAGGGGCAGUUCGUGACUAUGGACCGGUUCAGUGGUGACCACACGGUGAACAUGACCGGCAACGCGCUGAUACAGAAUGACGGCAAGGCCAUCUCGAAAGGGUACGCCGUGGCGCAACGCGCCCGUGUCACCAGCAACGUGGGGGCGGCGUGGGGCUACGGUGGAGGUGGCGGGUUUCAGGAGCUCUUUGGGACGGCUGGCUGACAGGCACUACACCUCCGACAUAGUGCUCAGCAACGACCCGUCCCCCAGACGGCUGGCUGACUGCCACUACACCUCCGACAUAGUGCUCAGCAACGGGGCAACCAUGUGACACAGCCAACAAGCAGGCAGUGGAGGCGCAACUCAGGAUCCGGCAUGGGCAGCAGCUGGUCCAGCACUAGGGGUGGAGGCGGGCAUGAUGGUGCCAAGGACGGAGUUUGGUCGUAGGAAGAUGUGGCGGCUGCGGUGGAGGUGGGCAUCAAGGUUGUCGGAUGCAUUGUACCCAGCAGACACGCAAGUGAUGGCGCUAGUCAUUGUUAGAAAUUGCACGCAUACAUAUAGGCAGACAUCAUACGAGGUUUGGUGUAGUGUUGCAUGAGCGUAAUGGACUUGUCAACGAGGAGCAGGUGUGUGGCCGGUGUCAUAAAAGGAUAACGCAAUAUUGCGCGGUGUACAGUGUGAAUCCUAAGUGUGUUAGUAGCUUCCAAGACUUUCUGUUCAGGUGCUGAACUUUCCUGUUCAAGGGCUUCACUUGCCCGUAAGAAGUUUCCCCGUAUGGACUUCCCCGUACAAACUCCUACUUCCUUUGAAAGC